CGGCCGAGUUUCUUCUUAUCUCGAGGAACAAAAUUUCAAAAAAGACGGCCAUUCAAAUGUGACUUUGUUUUCUAGCAUCUCAUAUUGAAUGAUGUUAAGAGCAUUUUUGAUCAUUUUUUCCGCAAGUUUGCUUGUUGCCGGCGACCAUGUUCCCACACAAGUGGAUACGCUUGAUUCAGAUUCAGGUAAAGGCAUUUUUCAUGAUGUUUUCAAGCGUCUGGGAGCACUAGAAUCAAAGCUUCGCCAGCAAGCAGACGACAACGCUAUGCUACGACAGACUGUGAGGCAUCUUAAAGAAGAGAAUGAACAACUUAGGGACCAGAUAACUGUACUGCAUGCACGUGACCAAGCACGUGAUAAUGAUAUGCGCGAUCUCCAAGAACAGAUGAAAGUGUUGGCAGCACGUGACCAGGAACGCAGUCAUGAAAUAAAUAACCUCAUUGACUCUAUCAGACAGCCUACAGGGAAUGAUGGAGAUGCAGAUCAGGAAGAAAACAAAGAUGUCACAAAGCAACCAGAACAGAAGAUUUCUGAACGUAUUACAAGGAACAUAAAACGACGGGAAAAUGACAGGAACGUUGCUUUUUUCUCCACUCUGGGGUCCCAUCUUCAACAUCUCGGUGCUAAUCAAAUUAUCGCAUUCGAUCAAGUUGUAACCAACAUAGGCAAUGCUUACAACAGCCACGCAGGAGAUUUUAGAGCACCUGUCUCCGGAACGUACGUGUUUUCUGUCACGCUAAUGGCCUAUGCAUCUCAUGCAACACAUUACAGAUUUGUUCAAAACGGCACAACCGUAGCCAGAAUUUAUGUCCGUGGUACAGAAUCACCAUUCGCAAGUUCAAGUAUGACCGCAGUUCUUCAACUAAAGCAAGGGGAGGAUGUCGCAAUUAGGAACGUGGAAGCAGAUGAAUAUCUGCAUGGUGACCACUAUAGUACAUUUUGUGGCUUUCUCCUCACCCAAGAUUACGAUGGUCUCGAUAUUGUUGGAAAGUAGAUCUUUAUACAUUGAUGAAAUGAAAAUUUAGUACAAUAGUCUGUUAUAAUAAUAAAGCUUUACAACCAGA